AUGGUUUUAGCCGACCUCGGCAAGCAGAUUUCCGGAGCCCUCCGGAAGCUCGGGAAGGCCACUGUUAUAGACGAGGCUGUUCUGGAUGAGUGUUUAAAAGAAAUCUCCACUGCUCUCUUGCAAGCUGAUGUCAAUGUACGGUACGUGGCGGAGCUUCGGAAAAAUAUCAAGCGGACGGUUGAUUUGGAGGAACUCGCGGCACCUGGGUCGAAUAAACAACGGGUCAUUCAGAAGGCUGUUGUUAAUCAGCUCGUUGAGAUGUUGAGUCCAGACAAGGAGCCCUAUAAGCCGACGAAGGGGCAGCCAAAUGUGAUUAUGUUUGUUGGUCUGCAAGGCAGUGGGAAGACAACUAGUUGCACAAAGUAUGCACACUACUACCAGCGGAAGGGUUGGCGUGUGGCCUUGGUGUGUGCUGAUACCUUUCGGGCGGGCGCUUUCGAUCAGCUCAAACAGAAUGCUACUAAAGUGAAGAUACCAUUUUACGGCUCUUACGUAGAGUCAGAUCCUGUUAAGAUAGCUAAGGAAGGUGUGGACUUGUUUAAGAAGGACAAGUACGAUAUCAUUAUAGUGGACACUAGUGGGCGGCAUCGUCAGGAAGCUGCACUGUUCGACGAAAUGACGCAAGUCGCUCACGCUGUGAAUCCUAACGAUAUAGUUUUCGUGAUGGACUCGCAUAUAGGCCAGGCAUGCUUCGAGCAAGCUAAGGCUUUCAAGGAUACCGUGUCAGUUGGCAGUGUGGUCGUCACGAAGUUGGACGGUCACGCCAAGGGAGGUGGAGCGCUGUCGGCUGUAGCAGCCACUGACUCUCCUAUCAUCUUCAUCGGUACUGGUGAACACUUUGACGAAUUCGAGCCGUUUGACGCUCAAUCGUUCGUACAGAGGCUUCUGGGCUUGGGUGACAUCAAAGGGCUUAUGAGUACGAUCGGCGAAGCGAUGCCCUUGGAAAAACAAGGAGAUAUGAUGGCUCGAAUGCAGUCGGGACAAUUCUCUUUGCGAGAUCUGAGGGAGCAGUUUGGAACGGUGAUGCGGAUGGGUCCGUUGUCAAAGGUCAUGUCUAUGAUACCGGGCAUGCAGAGCUCGAUGCUGCCGCCAGGGGCUGAGCAGGAGGGCGUGAAGAAAAUGAAGGCCUAUCUCACUAUGAUGGACUCAAUGACUGACAAAGAGCUUGAUGGCGAGCAAGACUUCUGUGGUAGUAAUAGCCGGAUUGUGCGUGUGGCUAAGGGCUCGGGCCAUGCAGUGCGAGAGGUCGAGAUGCUUGUGGAGGAGUAUCGGAAGUACUCUAAGAUGGUGUCGAAGAUGGGCAAGAUGAAGCUCGGCGAUCCGAGGACGAUGCAGCAAAUGAUGCGGAACCCGAACCAGAUGAUGCAAAAUAUGGGGAAAAUGAUAGAUCCCAAGAUGUUGAAGCAGAUGGGUGGCCAGGGAGGGCUGAUGAACAUGAUGAAGGGCCUUGGGGGCGCUGGAGGAGGUGGCGGUAUGCAAGGCAUGAUGGAGCAAAUGGGUGGUAUGGAAGGAAUGCAGGACAUGAUGCGUAACAUGGGCAUGGACCCUUCUAAGAUGGCUAGCAUGAUGAAAGGCAAAGGUAAAUAG